AUGGCUAUCAAAGAUCUACUACGAAGGAAGAUUCUGGAUGACAUGAUAAAAGCAGUCAACCCACCAGGAAAAUGGAAAGUCUUGGUGGUAGACGAGGAGGCGUUACGUAUCCUGAACACGGCAGUGAAGCAGAGUGACUUGACGGACGGAAAUGUGAUGGCCGUUGAAGGCCUGGCAAAGCGGAGGCAGCCUUUUCCCGAUCGAGACGUCAUAUACUUCAUUGCCCCGGAUCCGGCAUCUGUCCAAAGAAUCGUCGACGACUUUGCUACUCAAAAACCACCAUAUGCCCGCGUGCACAUAUAUAGUACAGCACCUUUACCGGAUCCUCUUUUCGACAAGAUCAAACGCUCUCCGGUGUCCCCUUUUAUCAGCGCUUUCAAAGAGCUGAAUGUAGAUUUCUCUGCGCACGAAACUCAUGUGUUCACCGUGGACGUUCCAAAUGCCCUCAAGACCGCUUUUAACCCGCAAAGUCCGUCUUUGCAAAACUACGAAUUGGACCGCACAGCCAAGCGUUUGGCAUCCGUAUUGGCCUCGCUCGGUGACUAUCCGUACAUUCGCUAUUAUGACCCGACACCGGGCGCAACCGAAUCACCUGCCGGAAAGUUCGCCAAUCUUGUGCAGGCUGAUUUAGAUAAUCUUGCGCGGCGAGAUCGCAACUUCCCGCCCCCGUCAAAUUACGCCCGGACCAUCUUGCUCAUUGUUGAUCGAGCAGCAGAUCUUGUUUCCCCACUUCUACACCAAUUCACGUACCAGAGCAUGGUAAUGGACCUGCUGAACAUCGAAGGAAAUAAGUUUCAACCACCAGAUGGGGAUGAAGUAAAGCUCGAUGAGAACGACCUUGUUUGGAGUCAAGCCCGGCAUUGGCACAUUGCCGAGGUCAUGGAGUUUUUGGCAGAGUCGGUGAACAAGUUCACUUCGGAAAACAAGGCGGCCGCGUUUGCGCUUGAUCAGGGCAAUGCAAGUUCCGGUAGCCUCGGCGCCAUCGAGAAAUUGAAGGAGACAAUGGCACACCUUCCGCAGUACCAAGAAAUGAAGGCCAAGUACUCCGGUCAUACGAGCAUGUGCCACCAAGCUAUGCAGGUAUAUAACAAGAACCGACUAGAAAGGGUGGCCGAGAUCGAACAAGAUCUAGCUGUCGGGGAGACGUCCGGGGGGAAAUCCGCGCGCUUGGUACUGCGAGAUAUCUUGAUGAUUUUGGAUGAUCCGGCAGUGAGGCACGAGGACAAGAUCAGAUUGGUCAUGCUUUACGUUGUCAUACAAAAUGGGCUUUCAGAAAGCGAUCGACAAAAGCUCUUGGAAUCUGCUAGGCUGUCUGUUGAGGAGGCACAGGCAGUGCACAAUCUCAGCAUGUUAGGCGUGAAACUUAGUACCAGUCUGAUGGGAAGGAAGGCGGACAAUCGUGGUCAAUACGCAUAUGGGCUGAGAGAUCGAGGAAAGGAGCAUAAAUUUGACAACACCAGGUAUACCCCGGUGCUUCGCUACAUUGUGGAAGAUAUCAUCAAGAACCUUGCGGACGGCAACGUCUUUCCUUGGGUCAGGGAGCCACCACCCACCGAAAACAGCGGCAGGCCCGCAACGUGGGCAACUUCCGGCCCAUCGAGUGGCACAGCAUCUCCUGCACCCAUGCGAGCAAAGGCGUCGUGGGCAACACGCCGUGCAGUUGUAUCAGCAAAUGUUGGUUCUGGUUCGGCAGGUGCCGGAUCCGGAACGACGGGCUUUCAGCCUCUAGCGACGGAGGUCUUGAGAGCCAAUGGCCCAAGAAUGAUCGUUUUCGUCCUAGGCGGGGUCACGCCAGGGGAAAUGAAAGUGUGUUAUGAUCUAAUCAAGACGCACCAUCGUGAAAUCAUCAUAGGUUCGACGCAUUUGAUAACGCCGAAGGACUUCCUGGAAGAUCUGAAAGAUCUGCAUCGUCAUGGUCCAACUCAACGUCCGAGGCGAACAUCAGCAGGAAACCAACCCACCGGCCCUCGUCCGGCACCCGCACCUCUAAAUCGGUCCGCGCCAGGGAGCCCGUCUCAGGUUCGACCAUCUCGGCAUGCGCAGGACGAGCCUCCCUCACGAUACGGCCAUGCACAAUCAACUUCACGUUACCGCGAAGAGCAGCAGCCGUUGCGGUACAAUGAAGAUCAACCACCAAGGCGAGGUCCGCCGCCCGACGUGUAUCAUCGGGUAGACCCACCCGCGCGAUAUACGCCUCCAGAAGCGGAACAACACAGGCGACCAAGUGCAGGAGCGGUCUCGAAUCGCGUGGGCAGCAUUGAAGCACGGCUAGCUGCUGUGACAAUGUCCGAUCGGCCGCGGUCUGGCGAAUCAGGCGUCGGACACGCUCCGAUUGGAAGGGACAGUGGCAGAGGAGGAGGGCGCGGGUAUGAUGACACCAAUGGCAGAGAUUACAACGGCGGUAGGAGAUAUUCCGACGGCAGAUCUGCCGGAAAUAGCAGUAGCGAGAGUUUGGAGAAGAUGGAGAAGGAAAAGGAGAAGGAGAAGAAGAAGGGAUGGUUCUCUAGAAAGUGA